UGUCGCCACAGGAUGGCAGCAGUGAGAUUCAUGGGCGCUUCGGCGGUGGUCAAACCUCCAUCGACGAAAAACAACUGUGUUUUUUAAGGCAGACGUUAGCGUGUCAGUGUGCUCGCUACAAGACAUCAACAUGUUGAAAGAGUUGGUGAAAGAGCGACUAAUGGCGGCAGCUGAUGAAAUAUUCGCGUUGUUUGAAAGCACGAUAACGUCGUACCAGGAGGAACUUUCUCGAACGAGAGAGGAGAAGGAGCGACAUCGACAACAACUGGAAGCUGUUCGCAAAACUCAAAUUGUUUCACACGUUGAAGACGUUCAGCAGGAGGAUCCACAGUCCCCCGACUUUAAAGAAAAAGAAGAAAGAGAGGUCUGGAUCAGUCAGUCAGGAGAAGACUGUCUUCUCGGGCCGCAGGAGGCUGAUCUCACCAAGUUGCCUCUGACUGGUGUCUCUGUGAAGACUGAAGACCAUGAAGACAACCCCCAACUUGACAACCUCUUCGCUCCUCUAUCAGAUAGUGACGACAUGACAUCACAAUCUACUGAGGAUGAAGACAAGGACUACACCCAAGAACCUUUGAGCAGCGAUACAGACUGUGAAGGUGAUGUGAGGACUCACACUGACAACCCACACCCUGAAUGCUCCGACGACAAGACAGGUUUUACCUGCUCAUUUUGUGCCAAAAUGUUUUGUAGUAAAAGGGAUUGUGUUCGACACACGGGAACGCACACAGGAGAAAAACCUUUCGGUUGCUCCGUCUGCGGUAAAAAAUUCAUUCAAAACAUAAAUCUAGAAUCACACAUGAGAACGCACACAGGAGAAAAACCUUUCAGUUGCUCAGUCUGCGGCAAAAGCUUCAAUCAGAAAGUAAACAUGAUGACGCACAUGAGAACGCACACGGGGGAAAAGCCUUUCAGCUGCUCCGUUUGCUGCAAUGCCUUUUCUCAGAGGGCCACGUUGACGGCGCACAUGAGAACUCACACGGGAGAAAAACCUUUUCUAUGUCCAAUUUGCGGUAAUACAUUUUCUCAGAGGGCCAGUAUAAAAAAACACAUGACAACAGUCUGUGGUAAAAAUUCAGCCAGAGCGAGAAUAUGACAACACAUACAGAAGGGAAACCUUGUAGUUGCUAAGUCUGUGGUAAAUUUACGAAUCGGUCAUCAAGUGGGAGAUGUGUGAUGUUGGUUGAGGACAGCAUGAACGGGGUUUUCCCUCACAUCAAAAACUAAUGUGUGUUUGUAUAAAUUCUAAUAUAUUAAACAUACAGCAGUAUUUGCUAUGUUUCAUCGCAGAAAGUACAUGUAUUGUAUUAAAUUUAACAUUUAAUACAAAACCCAAAACCAGUGAAGUUGGCACUUUGUGUAAUCCGUAAAAAAAAACAGAAUACAAUGAUUUGCAAAUUCUUUUCAACUUAUAUUCAAUUGAAUAGACUGCAAAGACAAGAUACUUAAUGUUCAAACUAGGAAACCUAGAAUUAGAAUUUAAUCGCACCAACACGUUGCAAAAUAGUUGUCACAGGGGCAUUUUUACCACUGUGUUACAUGGCCUUAUCUUUUAACAACACUCAGUAAACGUUUGGGAACUGAGGAGACACAUUUUUGAAGUGGAAUUCUUUCCCAUUCUUGCUUGAUGUACAGUUUAAGUUGUUCAGCAGUCCGGCGUUUCCGUUGUGGCAUUUUACGCUUCAUAUUGCACCACACAUUUUCAAUGGGAGACAGGUCUGCACUACAGGUAGGCCAGUCUAGUACCCACACUAUUUUACUAUGAAGCCACGCUGUUAUAACACGUGGCUUGGCAUUGUCGUGCUGAAAUAAGCAGGGGCGUCAAUGAUAACGUUCCUUGGAUAGCGACAUAUGUUGCUCCAAAACCUGUAUGUACCAGUCAGAAUUAAUAAUGCCUUCACAGAUGUGUAAGUUACCCAUGCCUUGGGCACUAAUACACUCACAUAUCAUCACAGAUGCUGGCUUUUGAGCUUUGCACCUAGAACAAUCCGGAUGGUUCUUUUCCUCUUUGUUCCGGGAGACACGACGUCCACACUUUCCAAAAACAAUUUGAAAUGUGGACUCGUCAGACCACAGAACACUUUUCCUCUUUGCAUCAGUCCAUCUUAGAUGAGCUCAGGCCCAGCAAAGCCGGCGCCAUUUCUGGGUGUUGUUGAUAAAUGGCUUUGGCUUUGCAUAGGACUUUAACUUGCUCCUACAGAUGUAGCGACAAACUGUAGUUAUUGACAGUGAUUUUCUGGAGUGUUUCUGAGUCCAUGCGGUGAUAUCCUUUACACACUGAUGUUGCUUUUUGAUGCAGUACCGCCUGAGGGAUCGAAUGUCCGUAAUAUCAUCGCUUACAUGCACUGAUUGCUACAGAUUUUCAUAACGUUUUGAUGAUAUUAUGGACCGUAGAUGAUGUAAAUUGCACUGCAAUUAACACUUUUCCACUUUGCAUCAGUCCAUCUUAGAUGAGCUCGGGCCCAGCGAAACCGGCAGCGUUUCAGGGUGUUGUUGAUAAAUGGCUUUCGCUUUGCAUAGUAGAGUUUUAACUUGCACUUACAGAUGUAGCGACAAACUGUAGUUACUGACAGAUGUUUUCUGAAGUGUUCCUGAGCCCAUUUGGUGAUAGCCAACUUCACUGGCUUUGGGGUUUUUACAUUGAAAUGUCUAAAUCAACAACAUUGUGUCGAAAUACUAGAACAAUAUUAGGAAACAUUUUUUCCUUUUCUGAUUUAUAUUACUUAUAAACUCACAUAACUGUAUAGUGACAGUUAGGGUAUCACUCCUAGCCUUAAAUUAAUUUAUUACGGUUGUGCACGCAUAAUCUUUGAAAUAAACUUUGCAAUUUGGAAUGUAAUCUCUUCGCAACUAUCGAAAAAGAAAAGGGGCAAAGUUAGUGGGACAGGGAAAGUUUUAGCGACACAGUCGCCUCGUCUCUGAAAAUGCAAACUGGCCAAUCACAGUCCCAUCCUGCCAGAAACUUCCCCGCCAAGCAGACUGCCCACCCUUGCCAUAUACCUGACUGCGCCUCCCUCACCCUAAGACCACUAUCAAAAACAAGACUGUCCCAAACCCAGUCCUAAAAACACUGCCGCAAACCAGACUGUCUCCCAGUACCAAAAUCAUCCAUCAACCCCAAAUCCUGAGACCACGAACACAAACUGGACGGUACCACCCCUGUGUAUUUUUUUUUUUUUAACUCCUACGAACCAGACUCCGCCCCCAAUUUGAAGACCAUUAUCACAAACCAGACUGCCCCAUCACAAACCAGACUGUCCUACUCUGUCCCGAAAACAUCCCUGCCAUCCAAUCUGCCCCCAGCUCUAAGGCAACCAUCACCAACUAGACUGCCCCUGCCAGUUUUAGGACUAUUAUCACAAACCAGACUGUCCCACCCCCAGUCCAGAAAAUAUACCCACCAACUAGACUGCCCCCCAGUUCCAGGACCACUCUCACAAACCAGACUAUACCAUUCUCUGUGGCAAAAAGAUAGCCAAAACACCCCUACCAUCUAGUCUGACCCCAGUUCUACGAUCACUAUCACCAACUAGACGCCCUCCCCCACCACAGUUCUAAGACCACUAUCACAAACCAGACUGUCUCACUUCAACCCUGUAAAUAUACACAGCAAUGAGACUGCCCCCCCCCCCCCCCAGUUCUGAGACCAUUAUCACAAAUCACUGUCCCAACCCCAGUCCUCAAAAUAUACCCACCAACAAGACGACCCCCCAGUUCUAAAACCGCUAUGACAAACUAUCCCGUGCCAGAAAUAUUGUUACAAACCAGACAUGCCCCCUUGUCAAAAAUCAGACUUUCCUACUCUGUCCCAAAACACCUCUGCCAACCAGUCUUCCCCUCUGUUCUAAGACAUUUAUCACAAACUUCACUGCCCCUGCUAGUUUUAAAACCACUAUCACAAACUAGACUGUCCCCCCAGUUCUGAGACCACUAUCACAAAUCACUGUCCCAACCCCAGUCCUGAAAUUAUACCCACCAACAAGACGACCCCCCAGUUCUAAGACCGCUAUCACAAACUACACUAUACUACCCCUGUGCCAAAAAUAUUGCCACACACCAGACUGCCCCUUUGUCAAAAACUAGACUGUCCUACUUCGUCCCAAAAACAUCCCUACCAACCAGUCCGCCCCCUUUUCUAAGACCAUUAUCACAAACCAGACUGUCCCACCCCCAGUCCUGAAAAGUAUACCCACCAACAAGACUACCCCCCAGUACUAAGACCGCUAUCACAAGCCAGACUGUACCACCCCGUGCCAAAAAUAUUGCCACAAACAAACCAGACUGUCCUCUCCCAGUACUGUAAAUAUACCCAACAACAAGACAACCCCCCAGUUCUGUGCCAACAAACCAAACCGCCCCCUCAUCAAUAAACAUACUCUCUUACUCUCAGUACCAAAAACACUCUUACCAACCAGUAUGUCCCCAGUUGUAGGACCACUCACCAACUUGACUGCUCCCCUGAUCUGAGACCACUAUCACAAAACACCGUCCUACCCCAGUCCUGAAAAUAUACCCACCAACAAAACUGUGCUAAGAAUAUUCCCACAAACCAGACUGCACCCUGGUCAUAAAUCAGACGGUUUUACAUCCCUGCCAACCAGUCUGCCACCCCAGUUCUUAGACAAUCAUCACCAACUUCACUGCCCCUGCUAGUUUUAAUACCAUUAUCACAAACCAGACUGUCCCACCCCCAGGCCCGGAAAGUAUACCCACCAACAAGACUACCCCCCAGUUCUAAGACCGCUAUAACAAGCCAGACUGUACCACCCUGUGCCAAAAAUAUUGCCACAAACAACCCAGACUGACCUACUCCCUGUACUGUAAAUAUACCCACCAACAUGACCAGUUCUGUGCCAUCAAACGAGACUGCCCCCUCGUCAACAAACAUACUCUCCUAUUCUCAGUACCAAAAACACUCUUACCAACCAGUAUGUCCCCAGUUCUAAGACCACUCACCAACUAGACUGCUCCCCUGUUCUGAGACCACUAUCACAAACCACUAUCCUGAAAAUAUACCCACCAACAAGAUUGUGCUAAAAAUAUUCCCACAAAUCAGACUGCACCCUGGUCAUAAAUCAGACGGUUUUACUCCGUCCCAGAAUCAUCCCUGCCAACCCAGUUUUAGACAACUAUCACCAGCUUCACUGCCCCUGCUAGUUUUAAGACCAUUAUCAAAAAACAGACUGUCCCACCCCCAGUUUUGAUAAUAUUACCACUAAGAAGACUGUCCUCCAGUUCUAUGACCACUAUCAGAAACCAGAGUAUACAUCAUAUGCCAAAAAUACCGCAACUAGACUUCCCCUUUCUCAAAAGACAUACUAACCUACUCUUGAGUACCAAAAACACUGUUACUAACCAGUCCAUCCCCAGUUCUAAGGACACUCACCAACCAGACUAUCCCCCAUUCCUGAGACCACAUCAGGACCAAAAAUAUUCCCAACAACAAGACGACCCCCCUGUUCUGUGCCAACAAACCAGACUGUCCGCUCUUCAAUAAUCAUACUCUCCUACUCUCAGUACCAAAAACACUCUUACCAACCAGUCUGUCCCCAGUUCUAAGACCACUCACCAACUAGACUCCUCCCCUGUUCUGACACCACUGUCACAAACCACUGUCCUACCCCAGUCCUAAAACUAUACCCACCAACAAGACUGUGCUAAAAAUAUUCCCACAAACCAGACUGCACCCUGGUCAAAAUCAGACGGUCUUAUUCUGUCCCAAAAACAUCCCUGCCAACCAGUCUGCCCCCUAGUUCUUAGACAACUAUCACCUACUUCACUGCCACUGCUAGUUUAAUAACAUUAUCACAAACCAGACUGUCCCACCCCCAGUCCUGAUAUUAUCACUAACAAGAAUUUCCUACAGUCCUAUGACCACUAUGAGAAACCAGAGUAUUCAUCAUGUGCCAAAAAUACCGCAACUAGACUUCCCCCCCUUGUCAAAAAACAUACUCUCCAUAAACACCCUUACUAAACAGUCUGUCCCCAGUUCUAAGGCCACUCACCAAAUAGACUACCCCCCAGUUCUAAGACCACAUCAGGACCAAAAAUAUUCCCAACAACAAGACAACCUCUCAGUUCUGUGCCAACAAACCAGACUGCGCCCUGGUCACAAAUCCGACGGUCCUACUUUGUCCCAAAAACAUCCCUGCCAACCAGUCUUCCCCCUAGUUCUUAGACAACUAUCACCAACUUCACUGCCUCUGUUAGUUUUAAUACCAUUAUCACAAACCAGACUGUCCCACCCCUGAUAUUACCACUAACAAGACUGUCCUCCAGUCCUAUGACCACUAUCAGAAACCAGAGUAUACCUCCUGUGCCAAAAAUACCGCAACUAGACCUCCCCUUUGUAAAAAAAAAAACAUACAUCUCCUACUCUGAGUACCAAAAACAUCCUUACUAACCAGUCUGUCCCCAGUUCUAAGAUCACUCAUCAAAUAGACUACCCCCCAGUUCUGAGACCACAUCAGGACCAAAAAUAUUCCCAACAACAAGACGACCCCCCAGUCUGUGCCAACAAACCAGACUACCCCCUCGUCAAUAAACAUACUCUACUACUCAGUACCAAAAACACUCUUACCAACCAGUCUGUCCUCAGUUCUAAGACCACUCAACACCGAGACUGCUUCACUGUACUGAGACCACUAUCACAAACCACUGUCCUACCCCCAGUCCUGAAACUAUACCCACCAACAAGAUUGUGCUAAAAAUAUUCCCACAAACCAGACUGCACCCUGGUCAUAAAUCAGACGGUCCUACUCUGUCCCAAAAACAUCCCUGCCAACCAGUCUGCCCCCUAGUUCUUAGACAACUAUCACCAACUUCACUGCCCCUGCUAGUUUCAAUACCAUUAUCACAAACCACACAGUCCCACCCCUAGUCCUGAUAUUACCACUAACAAGACUGUCCUCUAGUCCUAUGACCACUAUGAGAAACCAGAGUUUACCUCCUGUGCCAAAAAUACCGCAACUAGACUUCCCCCUUGUCAAAAAACAUACUUUCCUGCUCUUGAGUACCAAAAACACAGUUACUAACCAGUCUGUCCCCAGUUCUAAGAACACUCACCAACUAGACUAUCCCUCAUUCCCGAGACCACAUCAGGACCAAAAAUACCACAACUAGACCGGAAAUAUUCCCAACAACAAGACGACCCCCCAGUUCUGUGCCAUCAAACGAGACUGCCCCCUCGUCAACAUACUCUCCUAUUCUCAGUACCAAAAACACUCUUACCAACCAGUCUGUCCCCAGUUCUAAGAACACUCACCAACUAGACUAUCCCCCAUUCCUGAGACCACAUCAGGACCAAAAAUAUUCCCAACAACAAGACGACCCCCAGUUCUGUGCCAACAAACCAGACUGCCCCCUCGUCAAUAAUCAUACUCUUCUCCUCUCAGUACCAAAAACACUCUUAACCAGUCUCUCCCCAUUUCUAAGACCACUUAUUAACUAGACUGCUCCCCUGUUCUGAGACCACUAUCCUACCCCAGUCCUGAAACUAUACCCACCAAGACUGUGCAAAAAAUAUUCCUACAGACCAGACUGCACCCUGGUCAAAAAUCAGACGGUCCUACUCUGUUCCAAAAUCAUCCCUGCCAACCAGUCUGCCCCCUAGUUCUUAGACAACUAUCACCAACUUCACUGCCACUGCUAGUUUUAAGACCAUUAUUACAAACCAGACUGUCCCACCCCCAGUCCUGAUAUUACCGCUAACAAGAUUGUCCUCCAGUUAUGAGACCACUAUUAAGUAGUCUGUCCCAUGUUCUAAGACCACUCACCUAAUAGACAACCCCCCAGUUCUGAGACACAUCAGGACCAAACAUAUCCCCACCAACUAGAGUUCUCCGCAGUUCUAAGACCACUACCACUUUCCCCCAAGUCCAAAGAACACUAUCACAAACCAGACUAUUCCAACCCCCGUCUUCAGAACACCCUCACCAACUGGCCCCUCCCCCUAUUUUCAGAUAUUGACCUUUGAAGUCUUGGUAAAGAAAAACAGUGUUGAGGAUCUCCAAAAGCUUUAUUGAGAUUUGAAGAAAAUGGACUGAUUGAUUAUUGAUGCAAACAAAUCAAUAAAUGAAGCGAUGACAUCACUGUCGCUGUGGGUUGGGCUUUUUGGCGUAUUGGAUGGCGUCGAGGGCGGCGCCGAUGUCGAAGUUUUUGGCCUGAAGGAGGCGUGUCAACCAGCCACUCUCGUCAGUGAAGCCCAUGGACAACAUCUGGGACAACGACUCCACCAGCCGGGGGUCAGCCUCUGUGCGGGGGCAAAGGUCAAAGGUAAGGCCAUGGGUCAAAGAGGAGCUUGGGGAAGGUCGUACCUGGAUGCAGGUGAGGGUACAACGCCUCUGAAGGACCCGGCUGAGGAGCCAUGGGAGGAGCCUUGUUCACUUUUGGUUCCACUUUGAGGUCCUGGAUCCCGGCUUUCAAGGACUGCACUUCUCCACUGGACGGGUCCACCUCUUUGGAGUUCAGGUGAGUCCACUCCUCGUCGGAGUCUUUGCCCACCUGUCCAUGCGGAAACAUGACGGGCGUCAGAGUCACGUGACCACAACACACUAACAGGAAGUGACCACUCGACAGACCUUUGCCGGCUCGCCGCCGCCGUUUGCACCGCCCGACUCGGCGGCCCCGUCCAUCUCCACGUCACCGUCACUCUGAGGGGGCGGGGUUACCUUGGUCUUUUGACCCUGGUGCUCCACAUCGAUGUCCACUUCGAUGCCUGCGAAGAAAACCACGUCACUUCUUUGUUGCAGGAAACCCUUUUUCCCUCCAUUCCCACACAGAGGUUACGCUUUUAUUUUGAAGGCCAUAGAGUUCCAAAUAUACAUACAGUCGCGGUCAAAAGUUUACAUACACUUGUGAAGGACGUACAGUCAUGGCUGUUUUGAGUUUCCAGUCAUUUCUACAACUCUUAUUUUUUUGUGUGGUAGCGUGAUUGGAGCACAUACUUGUUGUUCACAUAGAACAUUCAUGAAGUUUGGUUCUUUUAUUAAUUUAUUAUGAGUCUGCUGAAAAUGUGACCAACACACAGCAAUGUUAAUAUUUGCUUACAUGUCCCUUGGCAAGUUUCACUGCAAUAAGGCACUUUUGGUAGCCAUCCACAAGCUUGCGGUUGAAUUUCUGACCACUCCUCUUGAGAAAAUUGGUGAAGUUCAGUAACAUUUCGAUUGAACGUUUAGGUUUAGAUUAAACAUUUAGAUUUAAGAUUUAAAAUUGGCUUCAACAUUUAUGUUUACAAUUAACAUUUACAGCUCACAUUUAGAUUCAACAUUAAGUGCUCACAUUUAGAUUUAAAACUUAGAUUUGGAAAUAACACUUAGAGUCGGAAUUAUCAUUUAGCACUUAUAUCUAGAUUUGAAUAUAUAUCUAAGAUUUAGAUUUAGGAUUUAGAGUGAAAUUUAGAUUUAUAUUUGAGAUUUAAAAUUGGAUUCUACAUAUAUGUUUACAUUUAACAUUUAGAGCUCACUUUUAGAUUUAACAAAGUGCUCACAUUUAGAUGUAAUAUUUAGAUUUUUGACUUAGAUUUAACAUUUAGAUUUGGAACAUUUAGAUAUAACAUAGAUCGAACUUAGCGUAUUAGAUUGAACAAUUAGAUUUAACAUUUCGAGUGAAUAUUUAGGUUUGGAUUAAUUUUAGAUUUAAGAUUUGAAAUUGGCUUCAACAUUUGUUUACAAUUAACAUUUAGAGCUCACAUUUAGAUUCAACGUUAAGUGCUCACAUUUAGAUUUAAAACUUACAUUUGGAAAUAACACUUAGAUUCGGAAUUAUCAUUUAGCACUUAUAUCUAGAUUUGAAUAUAUAUCUAAAAUUUAGAUUUAGGAUUUAGAGUGAAAUUUAGAUUUAUAUUAGAUUUAAAAUUGGAUUCUACAUUUAUGUUUACAUUUAACAUUUAGAGCUCACUUUUAGAUUUAAAAUAAAGUGCUCACAUUUAUAUGUAAUAUUUAGAUUUAAGACUUAGAUUUAACAUUUACAUUUGGAUCAUUUAGAUAUAGAUCGAAUUUAUAGACUUGGAUUAAAGAAUUAGAUUUGACAUUGAGUGAACAUUUAGGUUUAGAUUAUACAUUUUGAUGUAAGAUUUUAAAUUGGAUUCAACAUUUAUUUUUAGAUUUAACAUUUAGUGCUGACAUUUCGAUUUAGAUUUGGAAUAAACAUUAAAAAACACUUGAUCUAGAUUUAAAUAUAUAUUUAAGAUUUAGAAGGAACAUUUAGAUUUAGGAUUUAAAAUUGGAUUUAACAUUUAGAGCUCACAUUUAUAUUUAACAUUUAGAGCUAACAUUUAGAUUCAACAUUAAGUGCUCACAUUUAGAUUUAAAACUUAGAUUUGGAAAUAACACUUAGAUUCGGAAUUAUCAUUUAGCACUUAUAUCUAGAUUUGAAUAUAUAUCUAAGAUUUAGAUUUAGGAUUUAGAGUGAAAUUUAGAUUUAUAUUUGAGCUUUAAAAUUGGAUUCUACAUUUAUGUUUACAUUUAACAUUUAGAGCUCACUUUUAGAUUUAACAAAGUGCUCACAUUUGGAUGUAAUAUUUAGAUUUUUGACUUAAAUUUAACAUUUAGAUUUGGAACAUUUACAUAUAACAUAGAUCGAACUUAUAGACUUAGAUUGAACAGUUAGAUUUAACAUUUCAUGUGAACAUUUAGGUUUAGAUUAAACAUUUUGAUGUAAGAUUUUAAAUUGGAUUCAACAUUUAUUUUUAGAUUUAACAUUUACUGCUGACAUUUAGAUUUGGAAUAAACAUUAAAAAGCACUUAAAUCUAUAUUUAAAUAUAUAUUUAAGAUUUAGAUCGAAUAUUGAGACUUAGAUUUAAGAUUUAGAUGGAACAUUUUGGAUUUAAAAUUGGAUUCAACAUUUAGAUUUAAAAUUUAGAGCUAACAUUUAGAUUUAAGACUUUGAUUUAGAUGGAACAUUUAGAUUAAGGAUUUAAAAUGAUUUAAAUGUGUUUGUUUUCUGACAUGGACUUGUUUCUUCAGCAUUGUCCACACAUUUAUGUCAGGACUUUGGGAAGGCCAUUCUAAAACCUUAAUUCAAGCCUGAUUUAGCCAUUCCUUUACCACUUUUGAGGUGUGUUUGGGGUCAUUGUCCUAUUGCAGGGGUGUCAAACUCAUUUUAGAUCGGGGG